UGUUAUUUCGACUGUGGAAAGACAGAAGUGUAGAUUUCAAUUUGUAGGUCAGUUGUCUUGCUGUUUUUGGCCAAGUAACGUCAGCAAUCGUGGUUUGACACAGUGUAAAUUCUCGCAAACAAUCACAUUGACUAUGGGCAUAUUACACUUUUUUUCGAGAAAAAUACAUGAUUAUUCAGGAGAAAUCAGGAAAUAAUUAUUGUGUUGGCCAGCACAAUUUCUCCGGAGGAGUUAUUUCCUUCCAUCUAUAGAUGUGCAGCUUGACACUGACCUGGCAGGGAUCCAAAAACAGAUGUAUUUAUGUCAAAUUCAUUGUCUGUUUCAUGAAUGUUUCGUUUAUUUUAAGGAAGAAAAAAGAGAAAAAUAACAGACGUGUCAAAUGUGCAUCAAGGCAAAAAAAAAAGUGAAAUUAACUUUAUUCGUAGCAACAGGCACCGCAAUGACCGCGCAAGUUUCCAGCUUUAAUGAGGAGUAAUUCUCAGUGGGCUGACGGAGCGCCCAAACAACAAACAAGACUACAAGAAGCCAGCGGGUGCACGCUGGCCAUCGAUAACGGUCGACUUGCCGUGGAAAAGAGAUUUGUCCGCAUUGGGCUCCCGUCCAACAGCCAGCUGGCUGGCUUUGUUUCAGUCACGAACGAAGACGAGACGAGGGAAAUCACAGCAACAAAGUUACCAGCUGCAGCCAACGCCAAGUGGUGCAGUUGGACGCGUGAUCUCUAAAUAUAUGGGUGCAGAGAAAAUUGAUGGAGAGCAGCACACAGAUCAAGCAAAUACUGGAAAGACGACGUUUCUAUGCCUUUCUGAAGAUAAGCAGGAGGUGACCUCUCCAGACAACACCGCGCGCCUGCGUCUGCCGUCUGACGUGAGUCACUGACCGCCAUACACGGACAGCCAUGAUGACCGAGCUCGAGAUUGACCAGUCACACCUGCCUCGCGUGCAGAAAGUGUGCCAGUGCUUCGCGGUGCUGGAAGACGGGGUCUUGGCUCAUAGCCUGCAGGAACAGGAGAUUGAGCAGCACUACAGCUCAAACGUGCAGAAGAGUCAGCGGGUUCAGACGGAUCUCCGGGUCGCCAAGCGGCUGCAGGACGAGGAGGAGAGAGAAGCCCCCCUGAGCCAGGCCACGCGGCGGCUGGAGGAGCAGGACUUUGAGUACGCGCUCAUGAUUCAGGACGAGAUUCAGCGCUGCGCGGAAGAGGCGAGGAGGAGGGAGCGAGAGGAUGAGGAAGUGGCAAAGCGAAUACAGGAAGAGGAAGAGAUGGGUGCCAAACAUAGGAAACUGGAGAGCGGUUGUCAUGGGAACUCAACCGCCUUCCCUCUCUGUGAAGAGCACUGCAGCAAUCGCCAUCUACCGCCCCCCUCAGUGCUGGCCUCCACCCGCUUCAUCCCCUGCCCCCGCCCCCUCUGGCCUCCAGCCACCAGGGGGCAGCGUCCUGUGUGUGGCGCGAGCUCCGAGUCCAUCACUGACCCGCUGAGUCCCGUCUGUGGGACCAGUCGAGCUCCGCGACUGGGUGCCAGACCGGCGGCUGUUCUGGGGCCGAUCCGAAACGGUCCUGGCAACUCGCGCAGAUCUGGGCGUGGCUCUGGGCGUGGCUCUGGGGUCCUUUGGUGGCUCACCACCGCGGCCCACAGGCCUGGGAAAUGGCUCAACAGCGCCCCCUGUGGACAGCUGGGAGCCAGCGGCUACACCCAGGGAGAGGGGAGCUGCUGUUCCUGUCGCAGGCUCAGAGAGGACAGGGCUGGCGGGGGUGGGAAGGAGAGGAUUGUGGGAUUGAGCAGACAGGGGCCCUGUGCUGACCUGAGAUCAGCGGGGGAAGGCAGCGGGGGUGCCCGUGGCGGUAAUGUUUGUCCUCAGGACGGAGUCUGCCGCUGGACUUACCACGCAAACAGAGCCGCUGCGGAGCGCCGCGUCCACUUCCUGGACGAGGGCAGGCGUUGCCAUAGCCACCACGGGGACAGGAAGCGGGGGUCGCUAGGCUGCGUCGAUAGUCCCAAUAGUGGCCGGUGUAGGGCAGUGAGACGAGGUUACCACGGAGACCUGACACAAAGGGCAGGUGGUGUAGGUGUAGACGGCGUGACCGUUGGGUCUGAAGACCCUGUAUGGCACAGUUACCGUGGCAAUACCAGCAGUGGCCAGAGAGGGUCAACGGGGAGUGUUCAGCGGAGAUGGCGGUCAGGGGAGGGGCCCGGACAGGAGCAGGACGAGGCGUGGGGAGGCCCCGGGGAAUCGGGGAGGCGGGGUUAGUCACCGUGGCAGCGGUAACCAGGACUACAGCACCCCCAUAUCUGAGACUGACAGCGCCUGUCACCUUGGAGAUGGGGCGGAGCGGGAGGGAUUGGGUGGUGGCAGCCAUAGAAACUGCCAGAAGGGAGGAGGAGGAGGA